UGCACCUUUGUCAGAAAAGUCAAUUCCUUUCCUCUUACCGUGUCCCAGAGCACGACGAUGGAGUCGCGUGGUUGAAACUGACGAUCAUAUAUCUGCUUGCGAGUUGCGAGUUCGUCUUCACCCAUUACGUCUGGUGAUUAAUUAAUGAGUACCCAGAUGCAAAAUUUAUGCAUUUAUCACCUCGUGUUCUCUCUCCCACCUUAUUGAUGUUUACUUCUGCCCUCUUCAAUGUCCCCAGCAACAUUUUCUUAGGUUUCCUGUGGGCGUGCAUCUCUUCCCCUAUAUAGAGGGUUUGGACGCUUUUCUAAUAUUGUUGUAGUUCCAGAGAUUGUUAGCUGAUUGCGUGCUCACUCCAUCUGAUAAGUUCUUGCUUUCCAGGUUGCUUCUUCAUUUUCUUGUGCACAUCUGUUGCUGGUUCCGAUGACGCGUCAAUGCAGACUGAAUAAAUUUGAAUUUCUGGGUCGUCCUGGUCAUUUUUUUAAAACAUAUAUCUGUUUUUUCUCUUAAUUAAAAUAAGGGACCAUUUCCCAUUGUGCUAUAUGUGGCAAUUUGUUGUGAAUGUGCUGCUAGAAAUCGUUGUCACUAAAACAUAGAGGGUUUAACCGCUUAAGAGCCAUCAAUGGUUAUGUCGUUUCGUAUUUAUGAAUUGCAAUUUAAGAGUUGCUACUGCGAAGCCAUCGCCCUCCUCAGUUGAAGCUCCUACGUUGUGUAUUCGGUUCGUGCUCUUCAUUCACUGUUAGAGAACAUAAGAUCUAACUAUUUUCUGCUGCUUUUUGCCUUGCUCUCUGCUGGAAUCCCAGAAACUUACAUUCCUUGUUUUUCAAAAAUGUCAGAGAAGAACAUGGUUCCAUCAAGAUUAAUAUUUUGUUUGAUUGUGGUUUCUAUGUUCCUUUUGGUCAUGUCUUCGAUUUUCCUCCUUCAGUUUAGUGAUCAUUCGUUCAUACCUAGAUCGGUGUUUGAGCUUAUUCUGGUCAAUAACACAUCAUUUUACUUCAAUCCCAAUAUCAAGAAGGAGGAAAAUAUACUUCCUCCCUUCCCUGCUGGAGACAAAAAAAUUCAAGCUCAAAGGCCCGGGGAUUUGGACUGUCAAAUUUCCAAAUCAAGCCAGAAACUGAGUUCCAUAGAACUACAGAGAAUUAUGCCAUGUGACCCUGCUGGGGCAAUUUUGAGAGUGUUCAUGUAUGACUUGCCUCCUGAAUUUCACUUUGGGAUAUUGGGUUGGAAGGGAAGUGAAAGCCAAACAUGGCCAUUGGUGGAUGACCCGAAACUAGUCCCAUCAUAUCCAGGUGGACUAAAUUUACAGCACAGUCCAGAAUACUGGCUCACCCUUGAUCUCCUGUCAUCAAACUUUGCAGAAGUUGUCCGACCUUGCACUGCAGUUAGAGUGCUUAAUUCAAGUGAAGCAGAUGUAAUUUUUGUUCCGUUUUUCUCAUCUCUGAGUUACAACCGGCUCUCUAAGAUUCAAGGGGAUGAGAAAGUUAGCAUGAAUGAAAUGUUGCAAGAAAAGUUGGUACAAUUUCUUUUGAGCCGGGAAGAAUGGAAGCGUUCAGGAGGAAAAGAUCAUCUCAUUGUAGCUCACCAUCCUAAUAGCAUGCUUGAUGCAAGAACAAAGCUGGGCUCGGCCAUUCUUGUUCUCGCAGAUUUUGGAAGGUAUCCUGUUGAAAUAGCGAAUAUAAAGAAAGAUAUUAUAGCACCCUAUAAACAUGUAGUAGGUACCAUACCAAGUGCUGAAUCAUUUUCAUAUAAGGAGCGUCCCACUCUCUUGUAUUUCCAAGGGGCAAUAUACAGGAAAGAUGGAGGAAUUAUUCGCCAAGAACUGUAUUAUCUUCUCAAAGAUGAGAAAGAUGUUCAUUUUGCAUUUGGAACCGUAAGAAGAAAUGGUGUACGUGAGGCAAGUCAUGGAAUGACCUUAUCUAAAUUCUGCUUGAACAUUGCUGGAGAUACCCCAUCCUCCAAUCGUCUCUUCGAUGCUAUAGCGAGCCACUGUGUUCCUGUGAUUAUUAGUGACAAAAUUGAGCUACCAUUCGAAGAUAUCCUGGAUUACUCAGAUUUCUGCUUAUUUGUCCGUGCCAAGGAUGCUGUGAGGAGAGGCUAUCUGCUGAAUCUGCUUAGAUCAAUCACACAGGAGAGGUGGACUGAGAUGUGGGAAAGAUUGAAGGAGAUUACGUUGCACUUUGAGUAUCAAUAUCCAUCCCAAAAUGGGGAUGCUGUGAAUAUGAUUUGGCGGGAAGUUGCACACAAGGUUUCUUCCACAAGGUUUGAUUUGCACAGGAAGAACAGAUACAAGAAAUCUCAGCUUCUUGUCAAGACUGACUGAAAUACUGAGGUGUUCAAAGGAUCGAAGGUCAUUGAAGGUGCAGGUGCCAAUUCCAUCUUUGUUUGCAAAUGCUCUGUUGCAACACCCUUUAGGCUACGAAAACUUCCAGGAAGCGGUGACUCCUCCUUGUUCCAUUUCAAUGCAAGAUUCUUGCUUGUCAGGCUACAAACUCUGUAUGGUUCAGAAGCUAAAAUCCCAAUACAAAAUAAGAGAACCAACCCUCUGAAAGUGAAGAAACUCAUCCUUCUGUGAAAUGGAAAAUGUUGGAGGAACGGAAGCUUUUUUGUUUAAAGCAAUAAUGGAGAGGAGCUGGAUAGCUUGAGUCAAGUGUUAUUGCCAAUGCCUGUAAGAAUAAGCCUGAAGUUUAUCUUCUACGGGAUUUGGGAGGAUAAAAGCAUAAAGCAGGAGAAUAAGAAGGAGCAGAAGAUGUAGGGAAGUUUUAGAUUCGCCUCAAUCAUAAGCAUGCUCUGGAAGCUGAUAUAUAAGGCUGUUUUAGUCGACUAUGAUAGGUUUGAACAAAAGUGUUGAUUGGAACAAUAUCCUUGGGAAGACAAGUAUCUUUUCAUUCAGUUUCCCUACAUUCCUAUCAUUUGCCUUGCUCUUUUUUACCAAACAAAGACCGAAUCCUCCUUCUCUUGAA